AUGGCUGCGCAAAUAACCUCAAAGCUUGCCAACCUCAAUCCCUUCUCCAAGCGCGCCCCCGAGGAUGAGGAAGAGCUCGGCGAGAAGACGGACCACUCCACCCUCGCCGGUGGAGGCCACGCCGCCCGCGACUCCGACCUCAAGCACCGCCUGCGCGUGAGUCGCGCAAUCAAGUCCUUCCUGGUCGACCAGAAGGUUCUGUCCUCCAAGGAGGCGGACAUCGAUUCGGACCAGCCCUCCCGCGCCCUGCAGGCUCUCGUCGACAAGCCUCACAUCAGCGUGCCGCGCGAACUCACUGACAGGUCCCACCCGCUGCCCGAGUACUUCAUCAGCUCCAGCCACAACACCUACCUCCUGGCCCACCAGCUUUAUGGAAGCUCCUCGGCCGAGGCCUACGAAGACACUUUGCGCGCUGGUGCACGCUGCGUCGAGAUUGAUGCCUGGGACAACCCCGACAACAAGGACGAGCCAAAGGUCACCCACGGCUACACCCUGGUCUCUCACAUCCCCUUCCGUGCCGUGUGCGAGACCAUCCGCGAUGUCGUCGACCAGGAGGCGAGAGAUCCUAACCCGGCUGCCCCCAUCCUUCUGUCUCUAGAGAACCACUGCGACCCAGAAGGGCAGAUGCGCCUCGUUCAUAUCAUGAAGGAAGUCUUUGGCGACAGGUUGCUGAGCAAGGCGGUGCGAGAGAAGGGCCACGCGGAGCAGGAAGGCGACAGCCCUGUCCGUCUCGAGGAGCUCGGCAACAAGAUCGUCCUCAUUGUCGAGUACCACUUCCCAGGCGAGCCUGACGACAGCAGCUCCAGCUCUGACGACGAGGAUGAGGAAGAGAGAAAGAACCACGAAGCCUACAAGGCCAAGAAGAAGGCUGCCCCAAAGACGCUCAUUGUUCCCGAGCUCGAGGCGCUCGGCGUCUACGCCCAGUCCGUCAAGCCAGUCGACAACUCCUGGUACGAGGACAUUCUCAAAGACGGGCCUCACCACCACCUCAUUAAUGUGUCCGAAUCUGGCCUCGCCUCCCACAUGCCCGAGGCGAGCGACAAGAUCUCCCGACACAACGCUCAGCACCUCAUGCGCGUCUUCCCGAAGGGCACCCGUAUUUCAUCUAAGAACCUCCAUCCGGUCCCUUUCUGGGGCAUCGGUGCUCAAAUCUGCGCUCUCAACUGGCAGACCUUUGGCGCAUCGAUGCAGCUCAACGAGGCCCUCUUUAGUGGUUCCGAGGGCUUCAUCCUGAAGCCUGCCGCGCUCCGGGCUGGCGGCUCCGGCCAUCUUGAUUCGGGAGGCAAGAAGAAGCUGCGUCUCCACGUUGGCGGUGCCACCGACGUACCUAUCCCUUCAAAGCGUGAUGACGACGAGCCCAUCAAGCCCUACCUCACCUGCACGCUUGUACACCCGCAUGAUCUGUCCAUGGAACCCCCUAAGAGGAAGACAGCAGGGUACAGGCAACACAAGCUCACGGGCUUCUUGCACAAGGGCGAGAACCCACCACCGACGGAACCGCUCUGGGACGAGACGCUAGAGUGGGAGUACCAGGACAACGAGAUGGUGUUCUUGCGAAUGCUCAUUAAGAGCGACGACAGCUUCGCGAGGAACCCGAUGCUGGCAGUCGGGGCCGUGCGGCUGGCUUACACCGUACCUGGCUGGGUCUUUAUCCGGAUGUUGGAUUUGAAGGGCAGAGAGACGACGUGCUCCAUUCUCGUCCGCUUCGAGAUUGUUGAUGCAUAA